AUGUCUGCUCCCUCGACUGGCUGCCACCGGAAGGCUGCCUCUCAAGAGCCUAGCUGUGACCAGAUCGAGUCCGCAUCAAGCCCAAAGAUCCUCACCGAAGCCGAUUGCUAUUCAGAACUUGGGUUUUCAUUCCCAAACAUCAAAAAAUGGACUAUAAUCCUCGUCAUAUUCCUCGUUCAGACAUCCAUGAACUUCAAUACCAGCCUAUAUUCCAACGCCAUAUCAGGCAUCUCCGAAGAAUUCAACGUAAGCAAGCAGGCAGCUCGCUGCGGUGCAAUGAUCUUCCUCAUCUUAUACGCAUUUGGCUGUGAGCUCUGGGCGCCUUGGAGUGAAGAAAUGGGCCGAAAGCCUAUCCUACAACUGAGCCUAUUCCUGGUAAACAUAUGGCAAAUCCCAGUUGGCAUCGCCCCCAAUUUUGCCACCAUCAUGGUUGGUCGAGCGCUUGGUGGCAUCUGUACAGCCGGCGGCUCUGUCACCCUGGGCAUGAUAGCAGAUCUAUGGGAGCCAGAUGACCAGCAGUACGCAGUGGCAUGCGUGGUGUUUUCGUCUGUUGGUGGAUCAGUCCUUGGCCCGGUGGUCGGGGGUUUCGUGGAAGCAUACCUCCCAUGGCGAUGGAAUAUCUGGAUUCAGCUUAUCUUCGGUGGCUUCGUCCAGCUGGCGCAUUUGGUACUCGUUCCGGAAACAAGAACAUCAGUCAUGAUUGACAGGAUCGCUAAGCAGCGACGGGAAAGGGGAGAGAAUGUGUACGGACCGACGGAAUUGAUCCCUCUCAAGGACCGCUUUUCAGGGAAGGAAAUUGUCGGGACCUGGCUUCGACCAUUCCACAUGCUCCUCACUGAGCCUAUCGUGCUGUGUCUCUCCCUACUUAGUGGCUUUACUGAUGCUCUGAUCUUCAUAUUCAUCCAAUCCUUCGGUCUCGUGUACGCACAAUGGAAUUUCAGCACUGUCGCCGUCGGUCUCUCCUUUCUUCCAAUCAUGAUAGGCUACGUUAUCACCUGGAUCAUGGUCAUCCCAGUUAUCAAACGCAACAUUCACGAACGUCGCAGCAAGCCCAACGACGAGAGAGCCCAAUACGAAUCUCGACUCUGGUGGCUCCUUUACACUGCGCCGUGUCUUCCCAUCGGACUUAUUGGCUUCGCAUGGACGAGUCUCCCGCAGACUCAUUGGGUUGGCAGCAUGUUCUUCUCAGCCUUGGUUGGUAUCGCCAACUUUAGCAUCUUUAUGGCCACGAUCGAUUAUAUGAUCUGUGCUUAUGGGCCGUACUCUGCGUCUGCCACCGGAGGUAAUGGGUGGGCCAGGGACUUUCUGGCCGGUGUGUUGACUGUCCCUGCGACACCUUUCUAUGAGAAUAUUGGUGGGAAGUAUCAUUUGGAAUAUGCGUCCACGAUUCUAUUCUGCAUAUCCAUGAUCCUUGUGGCAACGGUAUAUGUUGUAUACUUCUAUGGACCAACCCUUCGCAAACGGUCCCCGUUCGCCCAGAAGUUGCUGCAUGAGAGGGCAGACAUACACGCGUCGAUGGAGCACAACAAGUAG